AGAUUACUUGGUUUAGCUGUGAAAAUAUCUAUGUAGUGCUGAACAACUGCAAUGAGGCCUCAUUUUUUUCCUUUCCUUACCCAGUGGAUGGUUAGGCGAUGGGUAAAGUAUCUUGGGUUGGAUGAAGCCACAAAGCUGAUGACAUGGAAUAACGGUGAUCCCGGAUUUAGCUUAAGGGCCAAUACGGGAAGGAACAUUACAAGGGCAGACCUUGUCGAGCGUCUAGAAAGUUUAAAGGUUCCACACGAGCUAUCGUUACAUUUGGAGGAAUUCGUCCGCAUCAAAACAGGCUUGCAGACUGUGGUGCAAGCUGGUUUACUCAAGGAAGGCUUCUGUUCUGUUCAGGAUGAGAGUGCAGGACUAAUAGUCUCAGUGGUGAAACCUCAGCCAGGCGAGAGGAUAAUGGAUGCAUGUGCUGCUCCUGGAGGAAAGACCCUAUUUAUGGCAUCUUGCUUGAAAGGCCAAGGUAUGAUAUAUGCUAUGGAUGUGAACGAAGGACGGCUAAGAAUUCUUGGCGAGACAGCAAAAUCACACCAAGUUGAUGGACUUAUCUCAACCAUUCACUCCGAUCUCCGUGUCUUCGCUGAAACUAAUGAGGUACAAUACGAUAAAGUUUUGCUUGAUGCCCCGUGUUCUGGACUCGGCGUCCUCUCCAAGAGAGCGGACUUAAGAUGGAACCGUAAACUUGAGGACAUGGUAGAGCUCACAAAACUGCAGGAUGAGCUUCUUGAUUCUGCCUCUAAACUGGUGAAGCACGAUGGGGUCUUGGUAUACAGUACUUGCUCUAUAGACACCGAAGAAAAUGAAGGAAGGGUCGAAGCAUUUCUCCAAAGACAUCCUGAGUUCUCCAUAGAUCCAGUAACUAGUUUUGUACCGUCGAGUUUUGUAACCUCGCAAGGCUUCUUUUUAUCCAACCCAGUGAAACACUCCUUGGAUGGAGCAUUUGCAGAGAUAGUGAUUCCUAAUGAAGGAAUGCCCAUCUCUAAAGAACAUUCCAAGAGAGGAGAUUUAAGAAUCAACUUUGAGAUAGGUUUUCCCUCGAGGCUAACAUUGGAACAGAAGACAGAUCUCAAGAGAGUUCUUGGUGGAAGUGGUAUUGGCAACUAA